AUGGGUGAGCGAGAUGAUCAACUGGGGCUAAGUUUGAGCUUGAGUCUAGGGUUAAAUCAGAGGGAGCCGUCUUCUGGAUUGAAUCCAAUGCCUCGAGGUUCUUAUUCAUCUUCAUCACACAUGCAUAUGCAGAGCAAUUAUAAUCAUCCUCAAAAGAUUCAGAGCAAUUGGAUUCAAAUGUUUCAGUCUUCAGAGAAAAAUUCCGACAUGAGAUCGUUUAUCCGGGGAGUCGACGUGAACAGAGCUCCAUCGACGGUGGUGGUUGACGUGGAAGAAGAUGUCGGAGUUUCGUCUCCGAACAGCACCGUCUCAAGCGUAAUGAGCGGGAAAAGGAGCGAGCGAGAUCUAAUGGCGGCGGCGUCUGCCGGAGGCGUUAGGAUCGUAGAAGAUAACGAAGCGGAGAGAGCUUCGAGCUCGCUCGGUGGUGGCUGUAGCGACGAUGAAGACGGCGGCGCGAACGGAGACGACGGUUCGAGGAAGAAACUCCGGUUGACUAAAGAACAAGCUUUGGUCCUCGAGGAGACUUUUAAAGAGCAUAGCACUCUCAGUCCGAAGCAAAAGAUGACUUUGGCUAAGCAAUUGAACCUGAGGACAAGGCAAGUGGAAGUUUGGUUCCAAAACCGAAGGGCAAGGACGAAGCUGAAGCAAACGGAAGUUGACUGUGAAUAUCUAAAAAGAUGUUGCGAGAACCUAACUGAGGAGAAUCGAAGAUUGCAGAAGGAAGUGAGUGAGCUUAGGGCUUUAAAGCUUUCGCCACAUUUAUACAUGCACAUGAAACCUCCCACUACUCUCACAAUGUGUCCUUCUUGCGAGCGAGUCGCUGUUACGUCAUCAUCAUCAUCGGUGGCUCCACCUGUUAUGACGUCAUCAUCUCCGAUGGGGCCAAUGAGUCCGUGGGCUGCCAUUCCUCUCCGGCAACGACCUGCUGCUGGUUCUCAUUAG